AUGGAGGUGGCCACGGACCAGCCUCGCUGGAUGGCCCACCACGCCGUGCUCAACGGGCAGCACCCCGAGAGCCACCAUCCCGGACUGGCUCACAACUACAUGGAACCAGCGCAGCUCCUACCUCCGGAUGAAGUCGACGUCUUCUUCAACCACCUGGACUCCCAGGGCAACCCCUACUACGCCAAUUCUGCCCACGCCCGGGCCAGGGUCUCCUACAGCCAAGCACACGCCCGCCUGACCGGGAGUCAAAUGUGCCGGCCUCACCUUAUCCACAGCCCCGGGAUCCCUUGGCUGGACAGCAGCAAGGCGGCACUGUCUGCCCAUCACCACAACCCCUGGACCGUCAACCCCUUCACCAAGGCACCCCUGCACCCCUCGGCGGCCGGAGCGCCCGGGGCCAUCUCGGUGUACCCAGGCAGCAGCACAUCCAGCACUGCCUCCGUGUCUUCGCUCACCCCGGCCUCGCACUCCGGCUCCCACCUCUUCGGUUUCCCCCCGACCCCUCCCAAGGAAGUGUCCCCGGACCCCAACUCCACCAGCGCUGCCUCCCCUUCGUCCUCCGCCGGGGCCCGGCAGGAGGACAAAGACAGCAUCAAGUACCAAGUGUCGCUGUCGGAGGGGAUGAAGAUGGAGAGCGCCAGCCCACUCAGAAGCAGCCUCACCAGCAUGGGGGCCCAGCCCUCCACCCACCACCCCAUCCCCACCUACCCCUCCUACGUGCCGGCCGCCCAUGACUACAGCAGCAGCCUCUUCCACCCCGGCAGCUUCCUGGGGGGCCCUGCGUCCAGCUUUACCCCCAAGCCGCGAAGCAAGGCCAGAUCCUGUUCGGAAGGCAGAGAGUGUGUGAACUGUGGAGCAACUGCUACCCCUCUCUGGAGAAGAGACGGCACCGGGCAUUACCUGUGUAACGCCUGCGGGCUCUACCACAAAAUGAAUGGUCAAAACCGACCUCUCAUUAAACCUAAACGAAGGCUGUCAGCGGCUAGGAGAGCAGGGACUUGUUGUGCCAACUGUCAGACAACCACCACGACCUUAUGGCGACGUAAUGCAAACGGGGACCCAGUUUGUAAUGCCUGUGGACUCUACUACAAAUUGCACAAUGUGAACAGGCCUCUGACCAUGAAAAAGGAAGGAAUUCAGACCAGGAAUAGGAAAAUGUCCAACAAAUCAAAGAAAAGCAAGAAAGGCUCCGAGUGUUUUGAGGAACUGUCCAAGUGCAUGCAGGAGAAAUCGUCUCCCUUCAGCGCUGCUGCCCUUGCUAGCCACAUGGCGCCCAUGGGGCAUUUGCCACCUUUCAGCCACUCUGGACACAUCCUACCAACACCUACCCCCAUCCACCCAUCUUCCAGCAUCUCAUUUGGACAUCCACACCCAUCCAGCAUGGUUACAGCCAUGGGAUAAAACCUGACGACCAAGAGACCCACCCAGAGAUUAAGAACAUGGGGCUUUGCCUAAGAUGACACCAAGUAAGAAAAUGUUCUGCCAAAAGGAGAAUGUAGGGAUGGCAAAAAGGGAUCUUUGCUCCCAUGUGGUUUAACUCUUAAUGCUGGAGUAAAACCUUGCAAAUGAUGGGUCUUCUGCAGAAACGUGUAGUGGUGCCUGUAAUGCACUUUGCCCCCUCAGGUAUAAGGAAAAAGAACUCACCUGUUCGAUACUUAAUGGUCCAGCAGGAAGCAAAAGGUGGCAGAAGCUGAAGGAAAAGGCUUGGAACUGGCUUUCCUUUCUUUCUUUGUUAUUACUGUGAAUAUUGUAAAGAGAUAUAAGCAGCCUCCCAGGAUGGAAUCGGCUCACUGGAAGCCAGACAUGCUGGAUUUCUAUCACAGACUUUGUUUGGGAUGGGGAAAAAAGGAAAAAAAGAAAAAAAAAAAAAAAGGACAUCUUUAUAAAAACGUGAUUUUUAAAAUGAAAUCAGACACAAAAUCAUAUUUAUUUUGCUCUUGUUUUCCACAAAAAGCCUCAACCCCUCUGAUUGCAUGUUUUUGUGCUGUUGUUUGCAAUGGCUACCCUGUAAGAAAACCUGCCUUCAAAACAAGGGGGAGAGGGGGGAACGUAUUCAGCAGCCCCCUUGGAUUAGCUCCACCUAUCUUCCAUACGAAAAUAUCUACUAGGAAG